AUGGGAAAUUAAAAUUUCAAAGAAUUUGACUUUUCAAAUCAAACUGGUUUAUAUAUUCGUACAGAUAAAUUAUCUUAUAAUCCAGGUGAAGAAGUCAAAGGUAAAUUAUAAAGUAUAAUUAGGAAAUAUUUACUUGAAUUUGGUAAAUGAUGAAUAACUUGAACCUACUAUUUAUUUAAAAGUGAAAGGAUAUGAAAAAGCUAAAUGGAAAGAAACUAGAACUAUUUAGUAAAACAUUCCUUAAACUUAACUUCUUUAAAAUUAAUCAAGAGAAGCUACAGAAUUUUAUGAUAAUGAAAAUGUAUUCUAUUAACACAAAAUUCAAGUUUAUUAAUUUUAAUCAAAGUAUUUGUUGAAAUCAUUAAUAGAAUGAUACCCUAAGGACAAUAUUAAUUUCCAUUCGAAUUCUAAUUGAAAUAAAAUCUACCAGCAUCAUUUGAAUAUAAAGAAUAAAAUUUAGAAUGCAGAAUUAAAUACAGUGUUAAAGCUGAAAUUGAUUCACCUAAUAACGAUUAAAAAAAGAUUAAAUUUAAAUAAGAAUUUCUUGUCAGAGAACCUAAUAAUGACAAACCAAAAGAUAAAGAAUAGACUUUAUAUCCUAAGACAUGUUUUUGUAUACCAAUGGGAGUAAUUUUAAUAAAAUAUCAUUUAGACUAUUUAAUUAGACUAUGAAUUUGAUUAAGAAGAUUAUUAAUCUAAUGAUAUUGCUAAUUUAACAGUUAAAAUUAAUAAUUCUUAAUCUAAAGUUGGUAUAUCUACUAUCACAGGUAACCUGAAAAACACAUUAAAGCUUGUGAGUAAAACAGGCCAGACUAAAUUGAUAUCAAGAACCUGUGGAACAUCCUCAAUUCCAGGAAUUCAAGCAGGUUAAAAUAAUCAAAAUAAUAUUAUGACCUUAAAAUUUUAGGAUUAAGGGACUAAUAUUCCUUUGAAUCCAACUACAAAUGGAAAGAUUAUUAUGAGUAAUUAUUAAUUUUCUGUUUCUGCAGAAUUGAAAGGAAUAUUCUUAUGUUUUGCAGAAACAGAGAGUAAAGAUCUUCAAAUAAGGAUUCAAGGUUAGUAAAUACAAAGUUAUGAUUAAUUUGUUGCACCUACUUUUGGUUGGAACCCAUAAGUUAUGGAAGUAAUUUAUAAAUUUUCUAUUUAAUUUAGACUUUUUCUAUAUAUUUUCAAGAUUCUAAUAAGUACUAUCCUUAAGAUUUGAUUCCAGAGUAAAAUUAGAAUACAGAGACUAUCAGAAUCCAAAUCAGCCAUUGA